GCCGCAGGCUGCGCGCGCCUCUCGGCCGGGAAGGUCCAUACCGCGGCCAGUGUGCGCUGUCCGCGGGCUGGCGCGUGUCCGGGCCCAUGGGUCUCCAUGGCGACGGCGGGGGCCCGGCAGCCCGAGCGGGGCCGUGGCAUUCCGGGGGCCUCCGCGGCAGCGUGGCCGUGUUCGCCGCCGUGGCUGCCGUGUUCACCCUCACGCUGCCCCGCUCGCUGCCGGGGGGAGACUCGGGGGAACUGAUCACAGCCGCACAUGAGCUUGGGGUUGCCCACCCUCCCGGCUACCCAUUGUUCACACUGGUGGCUAGCCUGGCAAUCACUCUCUUUCCAUUUGGUCCCGUUGCCUACCGAGUCAAUCUUCUCUGUGGCUUAUUUGGAGCGGUUGCUGCUUCCCUCCUUUACUUCACCGUUUUCAGGCUUUCUGGCUCACAUGCUGGAGGAGUCCUUGCUGCGGGGGUGUUUUCAUUUUCUCGUCUAACAUGGCAGUGGUCCACAGCAGCCGAGGUGUUUAGCUUAAACAAUCUGUUUGUGGGGCUGCUCAUGGCGCUUACUGUGCGUUUUGAGGAGGCGGCAGUCGCAAAGGAAAGAUCAAAGGUAGCAGUCACUGGUGCUUUCUGCUGUGGUCUUAGCUUAUGUAACCAGCACACAAUAGUACUCUAUGUUUUAUGCAUAAUACCCUGGAUUCUCUUCCGGCUUUGGAAAGAAAAGGAACUCGCCUUCAGCUCUCUGUUGAAGCUGACUCUGGCCUUUUCUGCUGGCCUGCUGCCCUAUGUCUACCUGCCUGUGUCAUCCUAUCUCAAUCACGCCCGCUGGACCUGGGGAGACCAGACUACACUUCGAGGUUUCCUGACGCAUUUUCUCCGGGAAGAAUAUGGAACAUUCAGCCUGGCCAAAUCUGAAAUAGGAUCCGGUGUGUCUACAAUACUGCUUUCACAAAUAAUAAAUAUGAAGACCGAACUUUCAUUCAACAUCCAAGCUCUUGCAGUUUGGGCAAAUGUAUGUUUAGCUAGAAAGGACAGACGGCAGUCUUCAUUAGUGUGGCUUUUUACUGGAAUGCUUUGCAUUUAUUCCUUGUUCUUUGCUUGGAGAGCAAAUUUAGAUAUUUCAAAACCACUUUUCAUGGGUGUGGUGGAGCGGUUCUGGAUGCAGAGCAAUGCGGUGGUGGCGGUUCUCGCUGGCCUCGGUCUGGCCACACUUGUGUCUGAGACUAACCGAGUGCUGAGCUGUAAAGGGAUUCGGUAUCUGGAAUGGCUGUCAGCAGCUCUUUUUGUAGCUUAUCAAAUAUACUCAAAUUACAGCAUUUGUGACCAAAGAAACAAUAAUGUGAUCCAUCAGUUUGCACAAAAUCUUCUGGACUCCAUGCCUCGUGAUGCAAUCAUCUUACUCAGGGGAGAUUUGCCAGGGAAUUCUCUCCGCUACUUGCAUUACUGUGAGGGGCUGAGGCCAGAUGUUUCCCUAGUGGAUCAAGAAAUGAUGACUUAUGAGUGGUAUUUACCCAAGAUGGCAAGGCAUCUACCAGGAGUGCACUUCCCUGGAGACCGGUGGAACCCUGUGGAAGGAGUAUUAUCUAGUGGAGUGGUCACAUUCAAUCUCUAUCACUUUCUGGAGAUGAAUAAACAAAAAGAAACAUUUGUUUGCAUAGGAAUUCAUGAAGGUGACCCAACUUGGAAAACGAACUAUUCACUUUGGCCAUGGGGAUCUUGUGACAAGUUGGUUCCUUCAAGGACUGUGUUCAACCCCGAAGAGUGGAUUAAACGCACACGAAGUCUUUAUAACUGGACUGAAGAAUAUGGAAGAUUUGAUCCAUCUUCUUGGGAAUCUGUGGCAAAUGAGGAGAUGUGGCAAGCAAGGAUGAAAACACCGUUCUUCAUCUUUAACUUGGCAGAGACUGCCACAGUGCCUCCAGAUGUGAAAGCACAACUCUACACUCAUGCAUAUAAACUUUACAAGGAGAUAGUGUACUUGCGAGAGGAACACCCAGUGAAUUGGCACAAGAACUACGCCAUCGCCUGUGAGCGGAUGCUGCGCCUUCCGGGGACAGACCCAGACCCUGAAGUCCUGCUGUCUGAGACAGUCAGGCAUUUUCGUCUCUACACUCAGAAAGCACAGACGGACCCACAGCGAGCAGACAUCAUAGCUGCUCUCAAGCACCUCAAAAGAGAACUGCAAAGUCUAAGGAGUGCGAAAAAGGUCUGAGCCAGCAAGGGGUGCAGCCCUUCUGUUCUGCUUCCAGAGUUGCUAAAGUCAGCAAGGUUUGCCUUCAAGUAAAGAAGAUGUAUCAAAAAAGUAGAAAUCUCAGCUAUCUCCUGGAUAUCAGUAACAUGUACAGCAGAAACAUGUUAAUGGUUAAAAUGUAUGCCUUAUGUAAAAUUAUGUUUAUCUCAUGUUGCCAAAUUAGCAUUUCCAUGAGAAGUGUUCAAAAAUAUCUGCAGUUUUCAUACAGUGAGUGUAGGUUCUAGAUGAGAAGGAGGAACUGUCUCCACAGACCUAUAAUGUUUGACCCUGAGUCUUUUGAGGUCUGUGAUUAUUAAGAUCCAUUUAAAAAGAUAUUCUUAAAAUACUCAUUCCAGACCAAAGGCAUUUUCCAUUUCCUGAACGUGAGAUGGUCUCUAAAAACAAUUCUUUUUAGACCUCAUUAGAAUUCCUUUCUUCUUUAGUUAACUAGAGUUGUUAGAGUCUGAAACUUCAUCCUUUAUUCCAAGUAUGUGGGUUUUUAAGUCUUGAGUCUCAGCAACUUCAUAGUCAGUGAAAAGGAAAGCUAAUUUCAUGUUUGCUUUUUCAGUUGCAGAAACAGGCAAAUUCAAAGGCAUUUAGCAUGUCCUUAAUUAAUUUCAUAUUUAUGUUUCACUUCUGUUUGGAUUCACAGAUCUAGACCCCAUAAUUAGUAGGGUAGCGAGCUGCCCAGAUGCACAAAGGGGCGUGGGCAGGAGUGGGCAGGAGUGGGGGUGGGAGGUUGUUGAGUAAAUUCAUUUCUGCUACAGGCAUCUUUUAUACAUCUUACUAAAGGGAACAUGGUAAGAAAUGCAAAUAAUAAUAGUUCUUUAUUUAUUAUGACAGCUAAUUAAUAGCAACCUGUUUUAAUGAAUAAAGUCACUCAGAGUCCUUCAGCACUUCCUAAGUAAAGGCCGGAAUCUGUAGGGAUUCUUUCCCCCGAUUGUAUAGCUCCUAGACUCCAAGCACUAUAUAGGCCCCUGUAUAGAAAUGCUCACUAAUGAAGAGGGAGGGCUAGAAGCUUGUCUGCAUUCAAAGAUCACUGGUGAGUCAUUCAGCAAGAAAAGGCCCCUUACCAGGAAUAGUCACAGUUCCGUGGCAUUGUACUAGCAAAAGGGUCUGAUCAAAGGUCUCCCGUGGAGCUUGCAUGGUUCCCUUUCAUACUACGACCAUAAUUAAAACCACUAAUUCUCUUUUAAAAUGCUGCAGGAUGCCAUGUAGGCAUCUGUCUGGAGUGUCCUUUGUGAUGUCAUAAGCUGUUAAGGACCAGUGCCGAGGGCUUUUGAGUGAAAUGCCAGUCAUGAAGGUGCUUCAAGACAAGGGUGCCUCUAAAAGCUUGACAGGGCCUUGACUGCACAAUUCGAGCUGAAUUUGCCCCUUGUCAGCUGCCAGUAAAUAAAUCUCAAAGGGGAAAAGCUGAAGUUUCAUUACCUGAUCCAUGGGGCUUUGUUGGUUUUGGCAUCACACAGGGGAAGCUCUUGCUCCUCCAUUCUCUGGAUUUGAAGAUGUCCAUUGGAGCCUGCAGUGCCUGGACAGGGUUCAGAGCGGAACCUUUUGAAGAGUGUCAAUAGUUGUAACAGUUCAGCUGUUAGGAAGACAAAUACAUGGAGGAGCUCAUUAAUCCGCUUUUGGCUCUCGGUGCCUUUUGCCCUUUAUCACAGCCUUAUUAGGCUCCUGCUCAUCUUGAACCAGAAAAAACUGAAUUGAAGUUGUUGAGUACUAAUUGGCAAAGACUUUUAAUCAUGGGCCAAGAACUUUCACUGACUUGAAAGUAACUUCUCCACAGGGAAGAGCCAGAAACCUGGUUCACCUUAAAACAAAAACCUGUUGGAGCUCAGUGUGGUGUGAAAAUUGAAGGAAGCGUCGAUAAAUUGUCUCAGUCUACCCGUUCCAAAGAAAUUAUGUAAGAUUAUGAUUUUCACUUGUCUGGGGGAAGAGGAAAAUAAAAUUCAAACAUUUCUUAA